CUAAGGACAUCUGCAGGUUCGCAAGAUCUCAUCUUCAACUGGAGGUCCGGCAUGGUUUGAUAUAGAAAAGGACCUGACUCCGGUCUUUGGUUUCGCGUCUCCGAAGUGGUUCGAUCAUUUGUCACCCUUGCGGAACCGAUUGAUUCUUCAAUUCCAGUCAAAAUGAGCCCAAAAAAUAAGACCACUCUCUGCCAAUCUCCGCACAAAACAGAUGCCUGCUUUCUCGUCGUUCGCUCUCCGCACGAGAAAUACCAUAGCAGACGGGUUGGACCCAAUGUGGAGGGUGUACACAGUACAGGCAGGUGCAGCGUUCACUCAUUUUAUAGAUCUGAGAUCUCAGGCACUGCAGGCAGUCUACACUCUACAGGCUAGCCGUUUCUCUGCUGGCUUGAAUUGUGCCAUGCAAAACAUUGUCCUGGUGGAGGGGACGAUGAGCUGAAAUUGCACUUGUAACUUUGUUACAUGUAUGUAUGGGCCUCGUCACUCCCAGUACAUCAACGAUCCUCCAUCAGGCGAGACGUAUAUAACAGCGACAGGUAUAGCUGCAAUACAAAGCCCCUUCCUGAUAGAGUGCAAUCCCUUUUUGUUCAUCGGAAUUGCACGUCCGGUGGUCCACUGGUCACAAGCAUAUCGAACCGUCUGCCUGCUGCCCGACACGUGUUCUCCUCCACCUCGUCCGUCCCCUGCGCCCCCCUCCUCCUCUUUCACACCACUCCAAUUGACUGCCGGUCUGCGGCUCCAGACGCCAAGAUGGGUACCAUGAUCAGCGCGCCGAUAUAUCCGGCGGACAUUACAUCCGAAGCGGUGUACUCUUACCAUCCGAGCUGCGGCUACCGUUAUGAUAAUAACAACUCUUCCUUCACGAGCCCAUACAACGGAACGCUCCGAACAUGCUUUGAAGAUGUUGUUCUGGUGCCGCUCCCAACCUGGAUUCUGCUCGUGCUGCUCCUUAUCCUCUUCGUUCCAGCCUUGGUAUUUACGCACAAGAAAUCCAAGUCUUCCGGUAUCUCUGCACGUAAAACGAGCUUGCAGAGGUACGCCUUCUCGGCACAGAAGAGAGAAAGGCGGAUUACCGGUGCCAAAGGCGGUCAGGGACUUAAGGGCGAGGCAAAAUCGGACCUCGAGGAGUCCAAUGCAGCUGGACAGUUAACUAGAGGAAGUCACUUCACAGAGAAGGCUUCUGGGCUAUGGACAGCGCUGGCUGUUCUUUUCCAAAUUCUCAUCAUCGCUUCUCUGCUCAUGAAUGUUUUGGAAAUCACUCGUUUAGCACUUGCCAAUCGCGGGGUCGGUCUUCUCCCGUUCACUCUCGCUGGCAUCAUCGUCGUCUUUAUUCUUUAUCACGUACCCCUAGCACCUUGGGUCCGCCCAAUCACCAACGCUCUCGUACUCGUGUUCUGGGGUCUCUCCCUGGCUUUCACGUCCGUACAGCUCAAGACGCUUCAUGCCCUGGAGCCGAUCGAGCCGCGUCUGAACACCGAGUACCAUAACGCCGAUCAGCAAAUUGACGUUGGCGUCAUCGUUGGGCUGUAUGCGAUUUUCGUGAUUGUUGAACUGCUUCGAUUCCCCAUGUCCGUCAAAGAGGCCAAGCUGGUGCAAUCAUGAGCCGCCUGGGCUUACUCCUGCCAUCAGUGUAAGUUUGUAUUGCCCCUAUACCAAUCUAGAAAUUGUCAAAAUUAGACUUGCGCGCAGAUCUCGCCUGCCUUUGCUUCCUAUUCCCAUCAAUUACAUUCGGUUUGUGCAUUUCCCGCUGACUGAAGGGGACGAAAUCGACCC